GAACCGAUCAUGACAAUUACAGUGUCGCCGAGUCUUUAACGCAAUUCAAAACAAUUCUCGCACUCGCCUUCUUCACAUAAAACCCUAAACCCCCCUUUCUCGCUCUCUGCAAAUCAUCGAACAUGUUCUCUCCACUGACGAAGAGACCUAAGCAAAGCUCUCGCACUCCGCUCCACCGAGCCGCUCCGCCGGAUUCUCCACUAACUCCGGCACCUCACAAUCGCGAAUCGGCUAACCGUGACCAUUUCAUCUCAGAUCGUCCCGCCACCGGAACUCCUGCGCCCUGGGCUCCUCGUUUGUCUGUUCUCGCUAGAGUUUCUCCUGUGAAUGAUGCAAACCAAUUAAAGCCUGUGUUCGUUGGAGAGUUUCCCCAAUUGGUUAGAGAUGAACAAACGAGGAAUAAUACUCAUCCUGGUGAUGUUUGUGUAUCAGGUGGAAUGGAUAGAGAAACCUGCCUUUCUUGGUUUAUCACUGGGAGUAAACUUUUUGUUUGGAGUCACUUGACAGCCUCACCAUCAAGAAAAUGCGUUGCUCUUGAACUUCCUUUGGCCAAUCAAGAGUCUGUUAGUAGUGAUGGUAAAAGCUGGUUGGUUAGUGUUGUUUCUUGGGAUAUUUCUCCUGGUGCAGCUGCUCGAUCUCGUAGUCCUAUUGGUAUUGUGAUGGUUAACAGAAAAACUCGAGGUGUUGUGUUCUGGUCGGACAUUUUUUCUAGUCAGGAAGCUUCUCCUGUUACUAGUCUUGGAUCUUUUGACGAUACUGGUGUGUAUAGUUCUCCUAAGGUUAGGAAAAGCUCGCGACAAAGCAAUGGGAUAAGAGGCAAUAGAUCAGGAUAUAGUGAUCUUAAUGCUUUGAUUACUGCCUCGGUUGAUGCAACGGAGCGCAUUUGUGUUGCUGUCGCGUGCAGUUCCAGCGGCGAGCUGUGGCAGUUUACUUGUAGCCCUACAGGCAUUAAAAGUAAUCAAAUACACUUGGACGUCAGCUCUUCCUCCGUGAGUGAAGGUUACCCGAGGUCUCUGGUCUGGCGGUUUUCGCAAGGAUCGCCUAGAGAGUCUUGCUGUCAAUUUUUCAUGUUAACGGACUGUGACAUACAUUGUUUUGCAGUUGAGCCUGAUCUAACUGUUUCGGAAGUCUGGCGUCAUGAGAUUGUUGGCAGUGAUGGCGAUUCUGGUAUCAAGAAAGAUAUAGCAAGUCAAAAGCAGAUUUGGCCUCUGGAUUUGCAGGUGGAUGAUCAGGGUAAAGUGAUUACUGUUCUUGUUGCUACUAUCUGCAUGGACCGAGCCAACAGUUCAAGCUAUACGCAGUAUUCGCUUUUAACCUUGCAACAAAAGUCUGAGACGAGAUUGGCAGAUGGCAGAGAGGAGAGGGUUCUUGAGAAACAGGCUCCUGUCCAAGUCAUUAUUCCGAAAGCAAGAGUGGAGGAUAAAGACUUCUUGCUCUCUAUGAAACUCAGAGUUGGUGGUAGACCUAAAGGGUCAGCUAUGAUUCUUUCAGGUGAUGGAACAGCUACAGUCUGCUACUGUCAUGGUAACUCCACCCGGCUGUAUAAGUUUGAUUUACCUUAUGAUGCUGGCAAGGUCUUGGAUGCUUCCGUUCUCUCCUCAACUGACGAACAUGAAUGUGGUGCAUGGACUGUGCUAACUGAGAAAGCUGGAGUGUGGGCUAUACCGGAGAAAGCUGUCGUACUUGGUGGAGUUCAACCUCCAGAGAGAAGUUUGUCUCGCAAAGAGAGCUCAAAUGAGAGAUCACGAGAUGAGACAAGGAGCUUAUAUAAUAUUGAUAGAACUGCUAGAUUGGAUGAUUCGGAUUUACAAAAUAGUGAAGACAAAGUUAAUGCUAAAAUGGGAGUUUUUCGUCAAACAGCCCGUGAUGAAGAGUCGGAAGCUUUGCUUGGUCAGCUCUUUGAGGAUUUUCUGUUAUCUGGGAGAGCUGAUGGUUCCUUGGGGAAGCUUAGUCAAUCAGGUGCAUUUGAUAGAGAUGGAGAGACCAAUGUUUUUGCUCGCAAAAGCAAAUCUAUAGUUGACACAUUAGCUAAGCAUUGGACAACAACUAGAGGGGCUGAGAUUGUAGCUAUGACUGUUGUAUCUACACAAUUGCUGGAGAAACAACAGAAACAUGAGAAAUUUCUACACUUUCUUGCCGUUUCCAAAUGCCAUGAGGAGUUGUGUUCUAAACAGAGGCAUUCUUUGCAAAUAAUUUUGGAAAAUGGUGAAAAACUUGCUGCAAUGAUUCAACUCCGGGAACUGCAAAACUUGAUUAACCAGAGCCGCUCAGGCAGAUUUGGCUCGCCGCAUGCUGUCUCAGAGGACCAGGUUUCAUGUGCCCUUUGGGAUCUUAUUCAGUUUGUAGGGGAGAGAGCCCGGAGAAAUACAGUUCUGUUGAUGGACAGAGAUAAUGCUGAAGUUUUCUACAGCAAGGUAUCUGAAAUUGAGGAAGUAUUCUAUUGCCUGAACAGGCAGCUAGAAUGCAUAAUCAGAGCUGAACAACCACUGGGAGUUCAAGUGCAGAGAGCCUGCGAACUCUCAAACGCAUGUGUUACAAUUCUUCGGGCUGCCUUGGAUUACAAAAAUGAGCAUCAGAUGUGGUAUCCGCCACUUGAAGGUUUAAUACCUUGGCACUCUCAGCCUGUCGUGUGUAAUGGGCUGUGGUGCAUUGCUUCCUUUAUGCGUCAUCUGUUAACUGAGGGAUCUAGGAUUGAUAUCUCUGCUAAAUCCGAGAUAUACAUGCAUCUCGAAGUGCUUACUGAAGUUUUGCUAGAGGCUUGUGCUGGUUCUGCCACUGCUAAAUUGGAGCGAGAAGAAGAAGACAAAGCUUUGCUUGAUGAGUACUGGACACGACGGGAUACCAUUUUCGACUGUCUUUAUGAACAGGCCAAAGAGUUAAUGGAAGCAGAUUUCCAGAACGUCAAUGAAAGAGCUGAAAUGACAGAUGAAGACAUCUUCAAAAGCCGUUGUUCAGAUUUGCUUUCUAUUGCAAAGCGACAUGCAGGCUAUAAAAUUAUGUGGAGGAUAUGCUAUGAUCUCAAUGAUACUGGUCUGCUCAGAAACUUAAUGCACGAAGGUGUGGGACCACAAGGAGGCUUCAGUUACUUCGUGUUUCAGCAACUUUAUGAUAUGAAACAGUUCUCUAAGCUUCUAAGGCUUGGGGAAGAAUUCCAAGACGAGCUAUUGAUAUUUCUGAAACGCCACUCUGAUCUGCUGUGGCUUCAUCAAGUGUUUCUUCAUCAAUUCUCAUCUGCCUCUGAAACUCUUCACUCACUGGCUCUAGCACAAGAUGAAGAGUCUAUGACAGCUACUAAUGAAAGAACGGUGUCAGAAUCUGAAGAUGUACAACCAACAUUUGCAGACCGCAAGCGGUUCCUGAACCUUUCAAAGAUAGCCUAUGUGGCAGAUAAGGAUGCUGAUUCAAAAUCGAUUGUGAAGCGCAUUGAAGCUGACCUCAAAUUACUGAAGCUGCAGGAAGAAUUAACAAAAGCUCUUCCAAGCGAUGAACAAACCAGAAACCGACUGUUCCGACCAGAGGAGCUCAUUGAAAUUUGUUUAAGCAUCCAGGGCCGAUGGACAGCUAUAAAGGCUUUCGAGGUGUUUGCAUGGACGAGCUGUUCAUUCCGUGAGAAGCACAGGAGUCUCUUGGAAGAAUGCUGGAGAAACGCUGCGGAUCAAGAAGACUGGGACAGGCUUCAUCAAGCCUCUGCUAACGAAGGCUGGAGCGACAAGGAAACAUUACAGAAUCUAAAGAACACAGCGCUUUUCCAGGCUUCGAAGAGGUGUUACGGACCAAACCGAGUCAACGCGUUUGAUGGGGACUUUGCACAAGUCCUUCCCCUGAGACGAGAGAACCCUGAGGAUAAAACUUCUUCUGUAGAGGACUUGUUGAUGAGCCACAAAGAUUUCGCCGAGGCGGGUAAACUAAUGCUAACUGCAAUCAUGCUGGGUUGUGUAGAAGAAGAAGGUAUCGAAGCAGAAGAUCUUUCAUCUCCGAUGGCGUAAUUGAAUUGUCUUUUUUUUUCACGGAAAAAUGACGGUGUAAUUGAUGUUGAAGGGAUGCCAUUGAUUUAGGAUGAUUUGCGUUGCACCUCUGAUGGUUCUGUAUUUCUGUUUUAUGAGUUCAUAUUGGAAUUUGGACUCUCAGGUUUUGUAACAAUGUUUUUCUUUUAAACGCCAAGUACGUUAAAAUCAGUCCAACCACAGAAGAGAAACCAUGUUCGGUCUAUAGAUUAUCUAUAAACCAAUUCGAACCAAA